AUGUCUGGUUGGGUGGUGCUGCAUCCAUCUUCUCCACCUUUUAAGAAAUCUUGGCUUCAUACCAUGUUCAUGGCCGCUCGUGAAGCAAAUACUUCAACUAAAACAGCGACGUGGGAUGAUUUGUUUGAAAAUGCACAAGGUGUUUAUUGGGAGCUUAGAGGUUACUUGGUUACUUGUAAUUCUUUCGAGCAAGCCUUUGAUGCUGGGGUUGUUGGUUGGAAUGAGGAUGAAAAAAUAUGCAAAGUGGAGAAGAAGUGUUCGAAAGGAAUCGCACAAAGGAACUGA